ACAGCAGACCACACGAGACUCUGUAAUGGACACUCCACCCUGACACUGAAAAGCUCUGACUCUCUGCAGCCUGGAGGAUUUCACAGCACACAGAACUCCACUCCAAGAGAUAGAGAUCCAGUUUACUCUGAUAUUAGGGAGAUGAUGGGGAUUCUCAGUCUGUGGCUGCUGGCGUCUGUCUGCAUCUUCCUGCAGGUCACCAAGGCUCAGAAUUUCAUGAUAAGAAACAUCCAGUUGGAGAAGUGUAUCCAUGCCGCGGAAGACACUGGUAGAGUCUCGCUGGCCAAGUGUAAAGUUAAUUCCCAUCAUCAGUAUUGGUCCUGGGACCUGGGCACCAACUUCAUCAUCAAUGUUCUCAGUAACAAGUGCCUAACAGUGAUGAAAUCCCACAACCAUUAUAUGCUGAAGAUAGCACCUUGUGAGGGCAGAAGGAACCAGGUCUGGAUGUGCGACCAGAUGGGUUAUCUUACACUCUAUGGUCACAACUUACAUUUGUCUGCCAAGCAAGGGACCAAAAAGGUGUCCAUGUCAAGCAGAAUGGAUAAGUUCAGCAAAUGGAAAAUGCUGCAGGACUCACCGGUGUGUGGAGAGAGUCACCCUCCGAGGAACUUCACACCAAUAUCUCAUCUCGAGCAAAGUACCAAGAGAGAUCCAGAGGAAGUGACAACUGUACCUUACGAAUCGAAAUCCGGCAACAUAAUAGAUGGAAUAAAAUCUUCACCCCAUCUACCAUACAUGAGUGAGUGGACCACCACCGCCGCCACACACAUCCCUGGACAGGCUUACACUACAGACUCUGGUGAUGAGCAGUUUGCCAGUUCCUGGGAGAGGUUGACUGAAAAGAUCUACGUCUUGGAGGAAGAUGGUAGUGGAUGGAGAACAGCCAUGUUGGUCUUAAGCCCCUUCACAUUUAUACUGGGGGUCAUCAUACUUGUACUGAAUGUCCGUGUCAACAAGAAACGGAAACUUUUAUCCGCAUUGCCAAGCCACGUCAAACCUCACCAUAAAUUUGGUUCUUCCUAUGAGCAAUCCCCUUUAACUGCCAAGCUUGACCAGUCUGACUAUCCGGGUCCAGAUUCCAGUGCACCUACACUGAGACAUGGAGAGAUCCUAAUUGAGUGGAAGGAUGGUACCAUCACUCCUCUGUAUGAUCAUCAGUGAAAAGAAAAUGAAAAGCUAGUCUUAUAUGAAAAUAUGUGUCAUCAUGACCAAACUAUGCCCAUCCAUGAUUCCUCCCUGGCCAAAACAUGACUACUCUGAUUUCCUGUGUAGUUGUGACACAACAACAAUAGAUGUCUCCUCUACACUUCCAAGGGUUGCAUGAUCAUUAGAUUUCAGUCUUCCCAACCAAUAAAUAACUAUCCUCUCAUUUUUAGUAGGUUGUAGUAGAUGAAGUCCCAAUAAUCUAUGUCUUUUCUAGACCUUCCAGCGGUUGUAGGACCAGUAGAAUCCUAACUUGUCAACCAAUUUAUGACUGUCCACCUGUAGAUAUAUUGGUUGCAGUAACAACAAUCUGUCUCCAAAUCGUGACCAUGAGAUUUCGGUCCUUCUAAUAUGUGACCAUCUGUCUAUAGUACUUAAAGUUACAACAUCUAUGUCUCUUCUUGAUCUCGAACAAUCAUUACAUUUCCAAACAGAUAUUAUACCAUCAUUACAUCUUCGGUGGUUGGAGUAAGAACAAUCUAUGUCUCCAUUAGACCAAUAGGUUUUUCGUCUUCCCAAAUAAUAAACCUGUAUUCGGAUGUUGGAAGAACAAUAAUCUGUGGUUCUACUAGACCUUUUAUGGGUUGCAUUACUAUUAAAUUCCUGACCUUCCAACCAAUA